AUGUCUGAAAUUACUGAAUCACAAGAACUAAUAUGCGGAAAAUAUCCAAAUCCAGACGAAAUAAACGACAUAGAAAAUUUCACAAAUGAAGAAGAAAGAAAAGAGCUAUAAAAUCUCCAAACAGAAUAAGAAAUAAAUGAAUAUUGGUACAAAGCAAUGUAUAGUAAUAAUAUAGUAUCACAAGAAAUAAAAGACUAAGACAUUCCAGUAUUAAAGACAUUAAAACGAAUUGAAUAUAUACCCUUAGAAGUAUAUAAAUAUUAACUAAUUUUUCAUUUUAAGCCAAAUGAAUAUUUCACAAAUACAUUAUUAGUUAAAACUUUUGAAAUAGACGAUGAAGACGAGCCAAUUAAAUCAACGGGAACAUCGAUAGACUGGAAAUAAGGAAAAAAUACUACCAUAAAAAUAGAGAAAAAAACUUAAAAAAGUAAAAAAACAGGGACUAAAAGAAUUGUAGAAAGAGUAUAAAAAUAUGAAUCUUUUUUUAAUUUUUUUAAUGAUUCUUACCCUUUGAGUGAAGAUUCAGACGAUGAUAAUGAAAAGAAUCAAAGAUCUGAUGUUGAUAGACUUAAUAUUGACUUUGAUAUUUUUAAAUCAUUAAUUGAUGAGGUUAUUCCUUACUCCAUAGAGUAUUUUUUAGGUGUUAAAAGUGGAGAAGAAAGUUUAGAUUUAGAUGAUGAAAAUGAAUUCGAAGAUUAAUAGUGUGAUGAAUAUAAUAAAAAUUAAGAAAAUUAAAAAAAGAAAUCUAAAGGAGUUAAAAAUAUUAAUGAUAAAUAAGAAUGCAAAUAAUAAUGA